AUGAGUGCCUCUUCGGGGCAAUAUGCCCCCGAAUCGCACCAGAACCUCACCUACAUAUUUGAAUACUCGAGGGGCUUGAACGGUGUCGACGUUCCUCGAGAUGUUCUCAUCACCCGGAUCAUAUGUGCCACUUUGGGCUUCGUUGCAGUCGUGGUCCUCUGCGGACGUCUCGUCCAGAUGAGCAAUGCAUACCUGCGCCAGAUCAGCUGUCUGGCAGCCUCCCGGCGACGGCAAUUAUUCUGGAGUGUCGAAAGGUCCAGUCUCUGGCCUAAGAUUAAAAAGCACCUGCUCUAUGCGCCGCUGGGGAAAAAGAGACAUAACAGGGAAAUUCAGCUUUCGAUCGCUAGCAAUAUGGGGACAAUCCCAUCUCGAUUUCACACCAUCUUGAUCGUGCUGUAUAUCACGAGCCAGAUUGCGUACUGCGGCCUCCUAGAUUAUGCCGUCAACGAGAAACCAGCCCUGAUCGCUGAACUCCGUGGAAGAUCAGGAACGUUGGCGGUGCUGAACAUGGUGCCUCUCUUCAUCCUAGCAGGACGCAACAAUCCGCUCAUUUCGCUCCUCCACGUCAGUUUCGACACCUAUAACCUCUUCCACCGGUGGCUCGGCCGCAUCGUGGUGGUCGAGGCGAUCACGCACACGGUGGCUUGGUCAAUCAACGCGGUCGACGAGCAGAACUUUGCAGAUGCCCUCGAUCGGAUCCGCACCACGCCGUUCUUCUCCUGGGGUGCGGUGGGUGUGUUGGCGAUGGUUUUUCUGCUUUCGCACUCUCCGUCGCCAAUCCGGCACGCGUUCUACGAGACCUUCUUGCAUCUGCACCAGCUGGCGGCUCUGCUGGCGCUUCUCGGGGUGUACAUGCAUCUGAACUUGGAUUCCUUGCCUCAGUUAUCGUGGGCGAAGGUCAUCGUGUGCGUCUGGGCCUUGGAACGCAGCGCCCGGUUCUUGCGCCUGGUGUACCUGAAUUUAUCACUCCGGGAUGGCAGAACGAGAGUUAGGGUCGAGGCUCUGCCGGGCGAAGCGUGUCGAGUGACCUUCUACCUUCCCCGCCGUGUUCACAUCGGACCCGGCAGCCAUGUCUACGCAUAUUUUCCGAACAUCUCACUGUGGAUGUCGCACCCGUUCUCCGUUGCCUGGGUCGAGCCCAGCAGCUGCGUAACGCCCCCAGCACACCCGUCGAGUUGGUUGAACCGGGGACCUAGCCCUGGCAGAAGCCCGGCCAUCAGUCCAUCCCGUCUGGAGAAGCAGGAUUUCAAAGACAUGGGCAUGGACCGGUUCUACGACAGCGACCUGCAACCGACGACGGUGUCACUGAUCAUCGCCGCACGAACCGGCAUGACGCGACAGCUGUACAACAAAGCCAAGGGCUCGCCUAACCAGACGCUGUUCACGGCCGGGUUCAUCGAGGGACCAUACUCCUCUGGCCCUUCUUCACUGGGCAGCUACGGGACAGCGAUCCUGUUCUCCGGCGGCGCAGGGAUCACGCACCACCUGCUACACGUGCGCGACCUGCUCCUGCGCGCGGCCGACGGCUGCGUCGCGACGCAGCGGAUCUACCUGAUCUGGUCGGUGCGCAGCACCGAGUGUCUGGGCUGGGUGCGCCAGUACAUGGACCAGAUCCUGCAGCUGCCGAACCGGCGGCAGAUGCUGACGAUCAAGCUGUUCAUCUCCAAGCCCAAGAGUGGGCACGAGAUCAUCUCGUCGCCCAGCGAGACGCUACAGAUGUUCGCGGGGCGGUGCCGCCCGGCCGUCGUUCUGGACGAGGCGCUCCCGAAGCGGGUGGGUGCGACGGUCGUGUCGGUGUGUGGCCCGGGGGCGUUUGCGGAUGAGGUGCGGGCAGCAGCUCGAAGGAAUAUCGGGAGGGGGAUGGCAGUUGAUUUUGUCGAGGAGUCGUUUACGUGGUAA